GGAGGGGUGUGGAAGAGGUGACUUGUGGGAUGCGAAGCGGCCGGCGGCAAGAAGCGACGCGGACGGACGGACGGAGGGGGGAGAGAGAAACACCCGGGAGAGGAGCGGGAGUAGGACGACACACACAUAUACUCACACACACACAGGGCCUGACGUGCAGCCCCGCACACACAUACACAUACACAUACACACACACACGCACACACUGAGCGGAAGGAAAAGUUCACAUCCCACGAAUCAACGCGUGGGAGUGGGAGCAGGAUCGUGACUGACUGAGGCGAGCUCCACUGUCUGUCUCGUCAUGGCAGGACCUGGAGGCGACAUGCAGUGGUGCUUCUCUCAGGUGAAAGGAGCCAUUGAUGAUGACGUAGCUGAAGCGGACAUUAUAUCUACUGUUGAGUUCAACCACACAGGGGAGCUGCUGGCCACUGGAGACAAGGGUGGGCGUGUGGUCAUAUUCCAGCAGGAAAUAGAGAAUAAGAGUCAGCCUCAGUUCCGGAGCGAGUACAAUGUUUACAGCACUUUCCAGAGCCACGAGCCCGAGUUCGACUACUUGAAGAGUUUGGAAAUCGAGGAGAAGAUCAACAAGAUUCGCUGGCUUCCUCAGAAGAAUGCUGCUCAGUUCCUUCUGUCCACUAAUGAUAAGACGAUUAAAUUAUGGAAAAUCAGUGAACGAGACAAGAGACCAGAAGGUUAUAAUCUGAAAGAGGAGGAUGGACGCUACAAAGACCCCAACACUAUCACGUCACUGCGGGUACCUGUUUUAAUACCCAUGGACCUCAUGGUGGAGGCCAGUCCACGGAGGGUGUUCGCCAACGCCCACACCUACCAUAUCAACUCUAUCUCAGUCAACAGCGACAACGAGACUUACCUGUCUGCAGACGACCUGCGCAUCAACCUGUGGCACCUGGAGAUCACCGACCGCAGCUUCAACAUCGUAGACAUCAAACCGGCCAACAUGGAGGAGCUGACGGAGGUGAUCACGGCCGCAGAGUUUCACCCUCACCAGUGCAACACCUUCGUCUACAGCAGCAGCAAAGGAACCAUCCGCCUGUGCGACAUGAGGGCUUCAGCGCUCUGCGACAAGCACUCGAAGUUGUUCGAGGAGCCAGAAGAUCCCAGUAAUCGCUCCUUCUUCUCUGAGAUAAUAUCCUCAAUCUCAGACGUCAAGUUCAGCCACAACGGGCGAUACAUGAUGACAAGGGACUACUUGUCUGUGAAGAUUUGGGACCUGAACAUGGAAACCAGGCCUGUGGAGACCUAUCAGGUCCAUGAAUACCUGAGGAGCAAGCUGUGCUCGCUCUACGAGAACGACUGCAUCUUCGACAAGUUCGAAUGCUGCUGGAAUGGAAAUGACAGCGUGGUGAUGACCGGCUCGUACAACAACUUCUUCCGGAUGUUCGACCGCGGCCACCGGCGGGACGUGACGCUGGAGGCGUCCCGCGAGAACAGCAAGCCCAUGCAGGUCCUCAAGCCCCGCAAGGUGUGCGCCGGCGGCAAGCGCAAGAAGGACGAAAUCAGCGUGGACAGUUUGGACUUCAACAAGAAGAUCCUCCACACAGCCUGGCACCCCCAGGACAACAUCAUCGCCGUGGCAACGACCAACAACCUAUACAUAUUCCAAGAUAAAGUAAACUAAAGCGCAGGGCGAGCUCGGCGUGAGACCGGGCGCUCGGCCCGCCCCGCAGCUUCACCGGGGGGGUGAUCUGUGGUAGCAACCAGCGUCCCCCCCCCACCCCCGUCCCGUCCGUCGCUACUGCGUGCCCAGACUUUGCCACUUUGUUCUCGGUGUGGACGGAGGGAGACUCGCUCUCGCCCAUCAUCAGUGUGUGUGGCAGAGUGACACCUGCCUUGUCGUUUCAGUGAUGUUGUGCCAAUUUUUUUUUCCUCCCAUGUCAUGUUUUUUUUUUUUUUCUUUGCUAGCCCACCAGCCGGUUUCUUUUUUUUUUCUUUUUUUUUCUUUUUAACGUGGGUCAAAGUUUAAUUUUCUUAAAAACUCAGAAUACAGACAAGCUUAUUUUUAUAACUAUUCCCCUCGUUCCGAAUGGCUUUGUGGCUGUAAAUGACAAGACCAUCCCUUUAGAAAGAAAAAAACAAACACCCUCCCUCCCUUUUUUUUGUUUUUUUGUUUUUUUUUUUGUCCUGUGCCAUUGUAGUGUUUAUUUUUCUAAGAGAAAUUUGACCUUUUUUGUGUGUGUGUGCGCGUUUGUGUGUGUGUACACCUUUUUAUUAAUGAAUUCAUUCUACUGUCUGUCCUUUGAGUCUCCUCACAUCUCCAGUGUUUUCAUUAAACCAUUCGUACCCAACCGUCACACCGGUAUGUUCACGGUUUUCUUCACACACACACACACGCACACACACUCUCACACACUCGCUGCUGGCUCAGCUUGGGUCGGGUCCAGCGAUGUGUUUGUCCCGCUCUUUGUGCCUCAGGUUCUGGGUCGCCACAUUCAACACGAGAUCUUGGUUUUCUACGUUUAGUUUUGGAGACUGACUGUGUGUCUCUGUGAAUCAGUUCUUUUUUCUUUUUUUUGUCUCACAAUCGUCAGGUAUAAGAGAAAACCUAUUCAAAGAUAAUUAUUCUGAUUGUCAUAUUUAUAUUAAAAAGAGGUUAAGACGUUUGUUCCGUCCUAUUUUGUGACACCAAGCCGGACCUGAAACACAUCUAUUUUUUUUUUUUUUUUGUUGUUGGAGUGAUCUUUUAGGUAUGGUCUUCCCGCGGUGUCACUGCAGCUCCAGCUGUGCACCACAACAGGGGAAACCUUUCUUUUUAUUUCAAUUUGACACUGGACUCUUGUUGCUGCACCAAUUAAAAAGUACGUGGAUGUCUGUGUUGUGAGACUGCAAUUUAAAAAAGAAGAAGAAAAAAAAAAAACAUUAUUUGAGGCAUUACGUCACUGAAAGUGUGUGUUUGAACUACUGCAGACGGUCCCGCUGCUGGACGCGGUGGCGGCGCAGCGAGCCGCCCGGAGACCUGCAGCGCUUGAUGUCGCCGCACCAUAUUUAAAAUGUGGACAGUUCAGAUUCUAUCGAGGCCUCUAGUAAUGUAUAGCUACAGUUUUAAUCUAUGAUGGUGGAAAAAAAAUAAUAAUAAAGGAACUACUUUUUGCA